AUGAAUAGAUAUAUGAUUUGUUUAGAUGGAAGUCAAGUCUCAGAAAGAGCAUUUCAUUGGCUUGAAGCAUUGGCAAUGUGUGAUUUAACUCACCAAACUGAAAUUUUUUUAUUUCAUGCUGUAGAUAGAAAAGCAGUAACAAAAUUAGAAUUAGACACAAACCCAAAUUGCACAAGACAUGAACUUGCCGAGAAAGCAUUGGAUGAAUAUACAAAAAGUUUAGCUGUAAAUAAUGUUAUAAGUCAUAAAUUAUUGAUAGAUACUAAAGAGAGUGUUAAAGAUGUUAUAAUUAAAGAAAUUGAAAAAAAUAAAAUAGAUAUGGUAGUACUUGGUCAUGAAGAUAAAGGAAGGAUUGAAAGACUUUUGGAUGGUAGAGGGUCAGUAUGUGAAUAUCUAUUAAAAAAUGUUGAUAUUCCAAUCACUAUCUUUAAAUAA